CAUCACGUUCAUUUCACUAUUUUCAGAGAACCUCUCAAGAUGUCCACACCAAAUUGUCCAGAGUUGGAUUUAGAGCUGGGAGACUUACUUCAGGAGUUUGAUGAUGUUGUGAAGGAGUUGAGCACACCUCACCCCUAUGAACAUGUGCUGAGAGAUGUGAAGAGACGCACGGGACAGAGUGAUGGAGACGACUCCGAUUACUGCAGUGAGGCGUCACUGGUAAACAGUUUAAAUGCCAGUGAAGAGGAGCUCAACUUCGCAGGCAUGACCACGGCACCAAAAGCUAAGCCCGGGGACAACAGUGACCUACAGAGCUUCAUUGAAAACCUGGAUCGAGAGCUUGCAGAGAUGUGACAUGACAUGAUGUGAUCGGAGAGGAGAAAGUACGUGCAGCUGAACACCUGGUGAGAUGGGAUUUAACAAAUCAUAAUCUUGGCUUCCACUGAACGACAAAAUGGAUCACAAAAGGACAUUAGGCUGAAGAAAAACAGCUUGAGACUUCAAUAAGAAAAUGUACAAAUAAAUUCCACCUAAUGACAGGUCCAAGUUUACAGUGUCUUUGUAAUAUGUUAGUUAAUAUGGAGAGCACAUUCUAAGUUUUUAUGAAGAAUUAUUGUAAAAAUGGCUAUUUUCCACUCUGUUAUAUAGAAAUUGUAAAAACAUAUAUGGUUUUAUGUCUGGCAUAUUUUGUAAUAUCAAUUGUACCUUCUGAAGGAUUUUUCUUGUUCCUUUAUUAUUUUUAUUAAAAGAUUAUUUUAAUAAAAUAUUUUACAUUAAAUGUCUUUCA